AUGGAAGCACAAACACAUCAGGUGACCACCGGAGGUCGCCCUCCUUCGCUUUCAAUUUCAUCCGCGCAGGAAGACCAUAGAAGAAGAUCAUCAACUAACACAUCACAACAUUCUAGUGCUUAUGCUUUUUCUCCUGACAGGACCGAGCGCCGAAAGCCCUCCUCAAUUGCAAAUCCCUUUCUAAGCUCUCCAAAUCGUAAAGUCUCGAGCAACGUAUCUCCGAGGUCUGAAGGCUUCACGACGGACCCGAAGCAUCGAGGUCAAGCCGACGUUUUGCCGACUUACCGAAUGGAGCCACUGCCUGACAGAAAGUUCCGUCCGCAUGUUGUCAAAAGAAUUAUGGAUGAAGCCUUUGAAGAAAGUCUUGACGCACUGCGCAGCUAUGAUUCGGUCAAAUGCCGCGCUCUCACAACUCAACUUUGCGAGGAUAUCAAGCAACGAGUAAAAUGGUUGAAUUAUGAACGCUGUAAGUUGGUAUGUCUCGUUCAUAUUGGUUCUGUUAGCGGCCAGGGCAUGCGUGUGGCAAGCCAGUGUUUGUGGGAUCAAAAUGUGGAUAACUUUGCCUCGACCAGCUACAGAAAGGGCGACAUCUUCGCUGUAGCAUUGUUAUUCGCGGUAUACAAGGAAUAA